GCAUUUUACGACAGUUCAAAGUGAAGGCUUGGAAGACUGUGCGCCCUUCUGAAAUGGGGUCCUCGUGGUCUGGGAGCGCCGAGCUUCCUGCUGCUGCUCCAACAGCAGCUUCCACUAACCAGCCUGCGAAAGACGCCGUGCCGGCCUCCCCCGCCCAGGACUCCGCGAUUAAAAACUGCUGGAGCUGUCGCGUGCUUUCUGGGUCCGCGAUCUUUGGUGCGGGCGCCUAUGUCUACUUGGUGGCCAGGAGACCUAUGAAGCAAGGAAUCCCACCCGGCCCCGGCACCAUAGCGCAGAUGGUCAUCGGCAUCAGUAUUGCCUGUUGGGGAGUAGUUGUCCUGACAGACCCCAAAGGGAAAGCCUAUCGAGUUGUUUGAAAGCACCAGCACUUCUUUGUUGUCUUCUAUUCCUGGCUGCGCGCCAGGUAGAACAAGCACUGGGUUGGUGGAUAUUCUUUGCAGACCCGGACAAGGAUGCAGUUCACUCUAGGACAUACCAAGAAGACCUUGAAAACAUGAGCUGUCAUUCUUUGGUCAUGGAUAUUUACAGUUUUUACCCCAGCAGGCUAUAAAGGGACAAAUAAAUCCCAUGGAAGCAAACAUGGUUCUGUGUCUUAUCCAGGGAGGUUAAUAUGUAGCUCAAUUUAUACUGAAAGAUAGCAGUUUUGAGAAAAUAUUAAAAUGGAGUAAAUGAUAGGCCAAUAGUGAAAUAAGCUAUUUUAUUAUAAUAAGUAGUUCUUUUUA